UAAAUUUACCCAGGAGCCCCUUAAGGAGCCCCAGGGGCCCCAAGCUCGGCUCCCCACCCUGAAGACAAGCAGAGCCUUAAAAUACAAACAAGAGGCCGCUAUAGCUCAACAUGAACAGGAGAGGCUCACACCCGAAGAAGGAUAUAAAACCGACCAAAUAUCGUGGCGAUAUAUGAAAAGUUAACUUUGCUCCAGGUUGAGUGCGUGGGGGACGAGGGGCACCCAAAAAGCGAUGUGUCCGUUCAUGGUCUAGAUAGCUUGCAAAACGCGUGCUGAACGAUUCUCAAAAAAUACAGUUCCUACCUGGUCUAUCAGAGCGAAUUGAAGGCAUUAGUAAAUAGUGUAACGUUGCAGAGUAAUGGAAGAGAAAGAGACCGGGGAGAGCGAGCCUGUGGUCCUUCCGUGUGCUGAGCAGGCAGAUUCUCUCUCAUUAAUAAUAAGCGGAGAGGAGGAAGCGACGCAAGAGCAGAGUGACUUGGGACACUGUGCAGGAGAGAAGGACGGUCUGACCAAUGGCCAGGUGGGCGAUGAUGACGAGGAAGAGAUGGUGACCCCCCUUUGGUCCCCAGGCACCAGCUACUGGAGUGUCACCGAGGGUCCGGACUCCCCCUUCCUCCUUUCUCCCAUCCCGGGCCCCUCUGGACGCAAAGAGAAGGUCCAAUGCGCCUCCCGACCCGGCCUCAGCCGCAUCCCGGGCAGGGAUCAUCGGCGCUAUUACCACGAGUACUGGCGCAGCGAGUUCCUGAUGGACUUUGACCCCCGUCGCCACGGCAUGAUCUGCAUGGUGUGUGGGAGCUCGCUGGCCACGCUCAAACUCAGUACCAUCAAGAGGCAUAUAAGACAGAAGCACCCGGACUCUCUGCUGUGGAGCGCGGCCGACAAGGAGGUGAUCCGUUCGGGCUGGGAAAGCCACCUGAGUCUGGAGGGGGGCCAGAGGCUGUACUGUCCGGCCGGAGGGGUGGCCGCCAUCUCCCAGGGACAGGAGGAGGAGCUGCUGGACUGUGCUCGCCACUCCACCGGAAAACCUGGUGGUAUGGUGUCCCCCAAACUCCAGCCCCGGUCCACGACCCCAUCACCCCCUCCCUCAGUCCCCCUCCAGCAGGAGGAGCUCCCCGGGCCCUCUGCCAAGACCCUGGAGCGCUACCUGAACGACUCGCUCCACGCCUGGUUCCGACAGGAGUUCCUCAUGGAGUACCAGGCGGAGGCGGGCAGGCUGGUUUGCAUGGUGUGCGGCCGCCCGCUGCCCUCGCUCCACCUGGACCACAUCAAGAGCCACGUGCUUGACAUCCACCCCCAGUCGCUGGUCUACAGCUCGGAGGAGAAGCACUGCAUCCUGCAGACCUGGGCCCAGACACAUGAAUCCAACCCUCUAAACGACUUCAUCAAAUCUGAGCCCAACACCAAAGACGAGAGAGAUGCUGGGGUGGACUUCUCUGAUGACCUGGAGACCAUUCAGAUCGGCUCAGACACGUAUGCAGAGGACAACGAUGAGGCGUUAUCAGAGAUACAGGACAUGGUUGAUAGCGGUGAUGGCGUUGGUGGAGCUCCAGAGAUGACCACUCCCAUACCCCCUCUCCCUCUCCACCAACCCAGGAAGAGGCGUCUCCGUGGGGGCUUCCCCUGGCGGCUGCGCCUGGACUACAUGGUGGCCUACGGACCCCAGGGUCGUGGCACCUUCUGCAUGGUGUGCUCCCAGGCCCUGCCCAUGGUCAAGGUGAGCAGCUUCCGCCGCCACAUCCAGGAAUGCCACCCUGAGACCACCAGCCUUGCCCGGGAGGAGAGGGAUGCCAUGGCCGAGGCCUGGACCAAAGUGGCUCCCACGGAAGACAACCCUGCCGUGCAGAUGAAAGAAGAAGUGAACCCCAGUGACAUUGUCAGCCUCCCUGUGGCGGGAGAGAUGGCCGACAACAACAACAACAACAACAGGACCACCAAGAUGGCCACCCCCAAGGCCGUAAAGAAGGAGGAGGGGGUCGCCACCAUGCCUGCCACCCCGGGGCGCCACGGCCACUACCCGGGCAAGGACCAGCGGCGGAACUACCAGGUGCGCUGGAGGAUGGAGUUUCUGAUGGACUAUGACUGCCGGAGACACGGGUUGAUCUGUAUGGUGUGCGGGGCAACGUUAGCCACUCUCAAAGUCAGCACCAUCAAGAGACACAUCCAACAGGUUCACCCUCAUUCUCUGGUGUAUGGCCCCAACGAGAGACAGCAGGCCCUGCUCAGCUACAACCAGACUGCCCUGCACUUCGUCCACUCGGAUGACUGUUUCUCCUCACAAGACCACGGACACACGGCACUCGGACAGACGACCGCUGGUCUCUUUGUCCGCUAGGACGAGGGGCGCCAGGCAUGGUUGUUCUCUGUCCACCCCACUUUCCUUUCCAAGUCUCUCUUUCUCAGGAAGAUAGAAACAAGGCUUGGUAGAGCUCUGUCAUGAGUUGUGCAGUGACUGGCACAGUUGGUGAUUGUUUCAGCGAGCAUACAAUAUAGCACUUCCUGUCCCAAAAAUGUACUAAAACCUAGAUUUGGGUGUGUAGGUGAUUGAAUGAGAGGGUGUUUGAGGUGUAUUGCUAAAGACAAUGAACAACACUUAAAGAUGUGAUCAUCUUUAGUGACUCAAUUACAUCCCGUUAUUUAAAAAGGAAAUUCCUUGUUUACAAUGAGGUAAAUAGGCGUCCUCCAGAGAUUUGUUUCAUUCUUGAAUUAGAAGAUCUCAUCUUCCAUGUCUUUUCCAGUGUCACAGCACUAUUGUUACAAUGGCCCACAGCUAUUUCUGAUUCUCUUAUUAGCAAAAAAAAAGCUGCACACACACAAAAAUCUAUGUAAAUAGUGUUGAAUAUUUGAAUUAUUAUGAUUUACUUUUACAAGCACUUUUACACGUGGUUUUUACAAAAAGGUUUGUAAUUACGGCCAUUUUUUCUACUUCACUGAUAAAAUGAAACGAUGCCACGUGAAUGUCAUUUUGCAUGGGAAUUCUGAAGUCAUGCAUGAUUGUGGAGGGAUUGCCUUCUACAGCUGAGGCACUUAGUUUAUGAGAGCAUUCUAGCUUUAUUUAUAGAAGAUUUCACAUGUACGGCUUCCAUUUCAAUAACUCACAUAUUACAAGGUUUAUGCAACAAUGAACAACAAUUAACUACAUUUAAAAAAAAUAACAGCAUCAGGAAAUAAAUCACCAAAUGAACCACCUCUGAAAUGACCCCCUCACUCGUCCUUAUUUCAGCGACCUCUGAAAUAUCACUCCACCAGGAAAAAUAACAACUCAGGGAUUGUCUGUUUUUCAUCUGUGCUCACUUGUUAGCUUGUCAAAAUGAGCACAUACAUUGGUUGUCAUUAAUUUGAAUUGUUUAACUGUCAACUGUAGUUAAAAUGGUCCUAUCGGAUUCCAACAACAGUGAAAGGAAAGUUGUCCAGUGCACAGCUGGAUCAAGCAACAAAAGAGAGUGAACGACAAACUACACUUACUAUGACAACAGUUUACAACCCAUGGACUUAACUGUCUCAUUCAAAGAACCAAAUGGCAGCAUUUGUCUAGUUAUGUGGAGAGGAAGGGACUUCAGUGUUGAAUAUCACUUCCUCUAACCUAAGCUGCCUGUGUUGCUGACUUCGGUUGUGUGAAAACGUUACUAACUUUCAAAUCUUUGCUUUCUCUGUCCUUGUUUCCUCAAUUACUCUCAAAGUGCAUUGCAGGUCCAAGGGGGGGGGACCUUCGAUCUUCUCUAAUGCGCUUUGAGAGUUGAGGAAACAAGGACGGAGGAAGCAAGGAUUUGACAGAUGUUUUCAGACGCUGCCCUAGUUGACGCAGUGGUCAUUUUUGCAUGCAGGGGAUGGGCAAGGAGAGGUGAAAUAAUUCCAUCUGGGCUUGGAGCGGCCACAGAAUCAGGUUGUAAUAAGCUUUGUGACUCAGCACUUAAAAAUGUUUUAAAAAAAAUAGAACUUAAAUAUGGCAAAGUGAUUGAAUAAGAAUACACCUUGUCUAUUGCAAUGAUUUACAUGUAUGUUUGUGUCAGUGUGUGUACAGGGGGCACAUUAAAAAUACCCUUUGGUGGUACUUUGUUAGCUUGGGUGAGGACACGAGCAAUUCUUUUUUUUAAGGGACUGAUUUCAUCGUCUUCCCUGAAUUAUUUCUCAAGUACCCGCUCUGUAUUCAACCUGUACAAGGCAAAAGGUUGAUAUGCAUUCUGUCCUCAAUGAGCCUUGUAAUAAAAAAAGGAUGUGAUUCAUA